AAGAAAGAACCCCGCCGGGCCGGCCGCGCACAGCUAGCAAUGCUUCUCCUACAUAAAUCCCUUCCCCUCCGCCUGCUUCUCUCACGCCGUCCUCCCAAAUCCAUCUUCGUCCCCACGUCGUCACGCCCCCGCCGCCUCCCACGCGCCGCCAUGGGCUCCGAAGCCGGCCACACCUCCCGCCUCGCGUACCUGCCGGCCCGCCGCGAUGAUUCUGUCGUUGACAACUACCACGGCGUCCAGAUCCCCGACCCCUAUCGAUGGCUGGAGGACCCGGACUCGGAAGAGACGAAAGAGUUCGUGGCGACGCAGGCGGAGCUGGCUGAUACAGUGCUCGCGGGGUGCCCGGACAGGGAGAACCUACGUUGCGAGAUCACGCGGCUGUUCGACCACCCACGCCAUGCGGCACCGUUCCGCCGCGGGAACAAGUACUUCCACUUCCACAACUCCGGCCUCCAGGCCCAGAGCGUGCUCUAUAUGCAGGACGAUUUGGAUGGAAAGGCAGAGGUUCUUUUGGAUCCAAAUACUCUAAGUAAGGAUGGGACAGUUGCUCUUUCAACAUAUUCUAUUAGUGAGGAUGGAAACUACAUUGCUUAUGGGCUUAGUGAAAGCGGUAGCGAUUGGGUUACUAUUCAUGUGAUGAGCAUUACUAACAAGCAGCCUAUGCCUGACAAAUUGUCCUGGGUGAAGUUCUCAUCUAUCAGUUGGACUCAUGAUGGGAGAGGGUUUUUUUAUGGUCGGUAUCCAGCACCCAGAGAAGGAGGGGAACUGGAUGUUGGAACUGAAACGAAUAUCAAUCUUAAUCAUCAGAUAUAUUACCAUGUAAUGGGAUCAGAUCAGUCACAGGAUAUAUUAUGCUGGAAAGAUCCUGAACACCCUAAGUAUUCCUUUGGUGCUUCGGUCACUGAAGAUGGAAAGUACAUCAUACUGGGCAUCUAUGAAGGUUGCGACCCUGUCAAUAAGCUGUACUAUUGCGAAAUUUCUUCUCUUCCUCAAGGAAUAGAGGGUUUCAGAGAGACACCUAAAAUGCUUCCAUUUGUUAAGCUUAUUGACAACUUUGAUGCUCAAUAUCAAGUUGUGGCAAAUGAUGGUGAUGAAUUUACAUUUUUGACCAAUAAAAGUGCCCCUAAAAAUAAACUGGUACGGGUAAAUAUCAAGAACCCAGAGUUGUGGACAGAUGUUCUUCCUGAGCAUGAAAAUGAUGUGCUCGAGUCAGCUGAUGUGGUUAACAAUAACCAGCUAUUGGUGUGUUAUAUGUCAGAUGUUAAGCAUAUUCUGCAGAUAAGAGACCUUAGAACUGGGAAUUUGAUUCAUCAGUUGCCUCUAGAGAUUGGUUCUGUUUCAGAGAUAUCUUGUAGGCGGGAAGACAAGGAAGUCUUUAUUGGCUUCACAAGCUUUCUUUCUCCGAGUAUUAUUUACAGGUGUAGCUUAGCAUCUACAAUCCCUGAAAUGAAGAUGUUUCGAGAAAUUUCAGUUCCUGGAUUUGAUCGCAUGAGUUUUCAGGUUAAGCAGGUUUUUGUUCCUAGUAAGGAUGGAACCAAAAUUCCCAUGUUCAUAAUGUCGAAGAAAGAUAUCAAACUUGAUGGAUCACACCCAACUUUGCUAUAUGGUUAUGGGGGAUUCAACAUAAGCCUUACCCCUUCAUUCAGCGUUAGUCGUGUUGUGCUAUGCAAGAACUUGGGUUUUGUUGUCUGUGUAGCAAACAUUCGGGGUGGCGGAGAAUAUGGGGAAGAGUGGCACAAAGCUGGAGCACUUGCAGUGAAACAAAAUUGUUUUGAUGACUUUGUUGCUUGUGCUGAAUUCCUCAUUUCUGAUGGUUACACCAGUCCCAAACAAUUAUGUAUUGAAGGUGCAAGCAAUGGUGGUCUUCUGAUUGCAGCUUCCAUUAAUCAGCGGCCUGAUCUCUUUGGGUGUGCUCUUGCUCAUGUUGGCGUUAUGGACAUGCUCCGUUUUCACAAGUUCACAAUUGGUCAUGCCUGGACUACAGACUAUGGUUGUUCAGAUAAGGAAGAAGAGUUCCACUGGCUUAUCAAAUAUUCUCCCCUUCAUAACGUGCGGAGACCUUGGGAGCAAAGCUCUGAUAACCACUGCCAAUAUCCAGCAACCAUGUUGUUGACAGCUGAUCAUGAUGAUCGUGUUGUGCCACUGCACUCAUUGAAGUUAUUAGCAACAUUGCAGUAUGUCCUUUGUACUAGCAUAGAGGACACCCCACAGAUAAAUCCAAUAAUUGGUCGCAUUGACCGCAAGUCAGGGCAUGGAGCUGGCAGGCCGACUAAAAAAAUGAUUGACGAAGCUACAGACAGAUAUAGUUUUAUGGCAAAGAUGUUAGGGGCUUCAUGGACUGGAUAAUUAAUUUUAUCCACCUUAGUGUGGAGAUGGUAAGCAGAGCAUCCAAUGCACUCGAGACAUUCCCCUCGAGUGAAGUGCUAAUACCCUUGAGGAAAAGUUACAUUGCCUCUGAUUUACCGUUAGCUUGGAUGGUCACCUGCUCAAUAGUUGUAGACUUUAUGUUUUGGGUUGAAGUCGAGAUCAGUGUUCCGAUUCCCACUUUUAACCGGUCAUUUUACUGUCAAGAACCAGAAAUCUUGGUGGAUGCUGGGAGCACUGUUGCUGCUGUUAACCAGUCAUGUAACUGAUAAAUAAAGCGGGCAUUGUUGUUCCUGGUAUUGAUUGCCAUUUUUUUUAAUCUUUUGGUUGUUCUAAACCUAUAUGUUAUUACCACUUGUCGGAAGUUGUAAGUUGUUGCAAGUUUGGAAAAGAUACGACAGAAAUGAAAAAUGUAUGGACCUGA